AUGGCUGAUGCAUCAGGAAUUUCUCCUAAAGAAACUAUGGAAUUUUUAAGUAGACAAUCCGGUGGUCGUCAAAAUGUUGGAAUUAUACCCAUGGAUUAUAAAAAUUAUCUACGUUCUAAGCGGACGAGGAGAAUGGAAACAGGGGAUACAGGCGAUUAUGAUUAUUUUGGUGAUGUGGUAAGUUUCGACACCACGCACAGAAAAAACAAAGACGGAAGACCAUUUGCCAUGUUUGUUGGAGUAAAUAAUCACAGACAAACUAUUAUUUUUGGUGCUGCAUUAUUAUAUGAUGAGACUGCAGAAACUUUCAUGUGGUUGUUCGAUACUUUCGCCGAAACUAUGUUUGGGAAGAAGCCAAAAAGUAUUUUCACCGACCAAGAUGCAGCAAUGGCUAAAGCAUUAGCUUCACAAUGGCCAGAAUCGUGUCAUCGGUUAUGUAUUUGGCACAUGUUUCAAAAUGCUGCCAAACAUCUUAGCCAUGAGUUUCAUAAAUUUAAUGACUUCACGAAGGAUUUCACCAAAUGUGUAUACGAUUAUGAGGACGAAGUUGAAUUUACUGAUGCUUGGAAGAACAUGCUCGCAAAAUAUAAUCUCCAGAAUAAUGAUUGGUUAGAAGGAUUAUUUAGUUUAAGAGAAAAAUGGGCAUUGGUAUAUGGGCGAGACACUUUUUGCGCAGAAAUGACCAUUACCCAACGCAGUGAAAGUAUGAACAGUGUGUUAAAAAAAUAUAUUAGUUACAAGUAUGAUUUAGUGCUAUUUUUUGAGCAUUUUGAAAGAAUGGUUGACGCUCGUCGUUAUCAUGAAUUAACAAUGGACUUCAAAGCAAGUCAAAGUUACCCUGCAAUGACACUUCCAGUGAAGAUUUUGAAACAUGCUGCGGCCAUAUAUACACCGGCGGUGUUUGAAUUAUUUCAGAAGGAAUUAUGUCGAGCUCAUGAUUGUGCUGUGACCAUUAUUAGUGAAAGUGACACUAUGAGUAAAUAUGCAAUUACUCCUCAUGGAAAAGAGUAUCAUCGAACUGUUAUCUUUGAUUCACUUGAUAACAAUGUUUCAUGUAGUUGCAGGAAAUUUGAAUUUGCUGGAUACUUAUGUUCACAUGCUCUGAAGGUUCUCUCUGAAAAGAAUAUCAAGAUCAUUCCUACUCAAUACAUAUUGAAGAGAUGGACAAAGGAUGUCAAAUCUGGGAGUAUAACGGGUGGUUCGAAUUCAGUGGGCACAAAUGAUAGAAAAGUAGAUACGGUUAGGCUCUACAGAGAGUUAUGUAGGUUACAUAUUCAACUAGCAACACGGGCUUCAGAAUCUGAAGAAGCACACAAAAUUGCUUUGUUGGCUCUCAGUAAUACGUUGAAAGAGGUCGAUGCGAAAUUGAGGGGACUAAAAGUUCAAGAAGAUUUAGAAAACCAAAACAUCUCGCCAGCAAUUGACAAAGAAAUUAAUCUCAAUGCAUCAUUUAAUGUUGAUAAUUAUAAUGUUAGAGUAAUUAAGAUCCGGACGAAAACAACAAUUGAUACUAGCUCUGUAAGACCCAAGAAUGUUUUGGAAAAAGCUGUAAAUUCAAAAAAGAAGCGGAUUAGUAAGACCAUGGAAUCUCAAAGCAAUGAAGAAAUAGUACCAGCUUUUGAUUUCCAAAGCCAAAUGAUGUCGCAAGUACCCAAUGCUUUAGUGAGAAGCAUAAGUAUGGCUAGUACUGACACAGUACCAGCACCAAGACCUCCAUAUGUUAUGCCGCAAUACCAUACUGGUGGCUAUGUUCCUUUUAGCGGUUAUCAACAGCGCCCAAAUCUUAGCAGUUAUCAACAACGCCCAAAUUUUAGCAGUUAUCAACAGCGCCCAAUUCUUGGCGGUUAUCAACAAUGCCCAAACGCACUAGUUGGAGUCUUACAGGAACAUACACAAUUACAAGGUGGGCAACAUUUAUAUAACUCACAUCCUCAAGAUUACGCAUGGGGGUUACACUAUGGACGAAUUUCAGGAGAAUAG